AUGACUUCUCAUUGCAGCCCUGACGCACCGGUGAACCGAGUUACGGUUACAUCGGACCUUGUCCUGCCGGAAUCUCCCAGUCCGAUAUCACCACCAAAUCAAAUAGAGGAAAUCCGCAGGGUGACUAUCAGUCCGCCCUUACAUUCAAAAAAAAUGGCUGAACAUGAGAAUCCUUUUCGACCGGAAGAGGUGCUAUACCAUGAAGUGGAUCCGAUAGUGGAGCAGUACAUGCAGAAGCCAUUCCCUCCAAGUCGACCCGGAAGUGCCGAUAAUACCCCUGUAAAGCAACAAAAAGACGGUUCAUUAUCAUCCCCAGCCUACCUGCAAAAUGGACUAUCAAAAGAGCAAUUAAUGGACAACGAAAAGGCACAGUCACAACCACUUUUGUCUUCAGAACAACGACAGUCGAGUCCGGAGAAGAGCGCUGCGACUACUGAUUUCACCGAUGAUCUGCCACCGGCGGGUAAAGUCGAAUUGGUGCACGUGAAGAAGAGGAAAUGCGGUUGCUGCACGGUGCAGUAG